CAAAACACCUCUCUCUCUCUUUGCUCUCCCGACAUGGCCUAUACUUACCGCUUCGCCGCUCUUCUAGUUCUCCUCUCCGCCACCGUCAGCUUCUCCUCCGCCCAAAUCUCGGUCAGUCUGCCGUUCACCGGAAACAUCAGUAUAGGUUUCAGCAAUAGCCUGUUAGUUAAAAAAGACACCAGUCUCAAUAUCGUUUGGUACGGAAAAUUCACACCAAACCAACGGGCCAUCAUCGUCGACUUCAUCCGCUCUCUCAACUCCCCCGCCGACGCAAAAGGUCCCACCGUCGCAUCAUGGUGGAAGACGACGGAGAAGUACAACGGCGGAGCGUCAACCAUCGUCGUCGGUAAACAGCUCCUCCUCGAGGACUACCCUUUCGGAAAGUCCUUAAAAAAUCCCCACCUCAAAGCUCUGUCUGGCAAACUUAACGGAGGUGGUGUUCGCUCCAUAACCGCCGUUUUAACGGCGAAAGACGUAACCGUUGAGGGGUUAUGCACGAAACGGUGCGGGACUCACGUGUCGAAGUCAAGCUCUGUUGGCGGUCGAGCUUACGUCUGGGUCGGAAACUCUGAAGAUCAGUGUCCUGAAUACUGUGCUCGGCCGUUUCAUCAGCCGUUAAGCGGACCUCACUCUCCUCCGUUGAUUGCACCUAACGGUGACGUCGGAGUUGACGGAAUGAUUAUUCACCUCGCGACGCUACUGGCUAACACCGCCACGAACACGUUUAAAAGCGGUAACGUUAAUGGGGAUCAAGAACCCGCCUCGUACUGUGUGGACAGGUUUGGGUCCGGUGCUUACCCGGGUUACGCGGGUCAUGUUCUAGUGGACAAGACUACCGGAGCGAGUUACAACGCUUUGGGUCUCGCCGGAAGGAAAUAUCUUUUACCGGCGUUGUGGGACUCUCAGGCUGGAGAGUGUAGGACUUUGGUUUAAGUUCUAUAUAGUCUCGUGGCAAAAAUCACUUGGGAGACAAAAAUAAAGUUCUAGAAUCUAUCCCGUCUGGUUUAAGGAUGUCUUUCUUUUGUUUUGUUUUGUUUUUCCUUUUAAAAGAUGUGUGUCUUUUAUUGUUUUGUAUGAGAUUUGGAGACUAAUACAACCGAUUUGUAGUCUCCCCUAAAACUAUAAACCUAUGUUAAUAAACUUUGUUUUAAG